CCUUCUCCUUUCCCCACCUCAGCGAAAAAAGAGGGAAAUGGUGAAACAGAAGUUGAAUUUUUGAAGCAUUUUUUUUUAUUAAUAGAACUUUUUAUACCCAUUAGCGAGAUGGGUGACUGGAAGUUUGUGUCUACAGCUGAAGUUGGCAAAUCCCCUGAUGCGAAGAGCUUUGUCCUGAGAUCUACUUCACCAUUCUCCCCUGCCAGCACCAUCACACUGCACUGUUCCCCAGGGCUGGCACUUCCAAACCUGUUCAGUCAAAAUGCUUUCUGUUGGGGUGACAAUGUUGAUGAGUGUGUCUCGUACCUAAGCAAGGAAUUGAAUAAACUGGGUCUUCCUGCUUUGUUCGAUGAUAGUUUUGAGGAGAAUCCAAUGCCAAGUUUUAGCCUCGUUUCUCUCGUAAACACUGUGUAUAGCCUGCUGCAUCUCUACCGGAAAAAUGCAACAAAGGUAAAUGGAUUAGAAAUGGAGCGUUUAAAGUCUUUCAGUGAGCAGGAUUGUCUGAAAAACAGCCAGCUGAAACUGCAGGAACAGGUGGAAGCAUUGGAGCAGGAAAUUGCUGCUUCCCAAACAAAGGAGCUGCAAAGACAGAAGAGCAUCAGGAAUUUGAAUAACCAGCUGAAGAGCCAGAAGGAGGAGGUGGUGAAGUUACAGAGUGUCAUUGCAAGUCGGGCAGCUCAGUAUCUUCAUGAGCUGAAACGGAAGGAGCAGGAACUGAGCAAACUGAAGGAGAAGAUGAAUCACCACCUGACAGACAAAAAGGAUAAGAGAAUUGCUAUAGAUAUCCUGAAUCACAUUGGACGAUCAGAUGGAAGGCGCCCCUUAUGGAGAACAGGCAAGACUGAACUGAGGAGAGAAGAGGAAAUGUACAAAGUGCUUGCAACAAACUACGAGGCUCAGAUCCAGGAGCUGGUGUUGGACAAUGCAGAGCUGAUGAGGGUUCUGAACCAAAUGAAGAGAGAGAUUAGUGGGUUUCUCAGUCCUGACGAUCUUUGCAAAGCCAAUUCUCUUCAGCCACUUGUGGAGGAAGAAACUAGCGUCAGUGAGUCCCAGGAAGCAACGAGAGGGCAUCUUACAGACUGUGUUCAAAAGCAGUGGAACACCUUAAAGGAUCACAUGGCAAAACUUGGAGUCAUGGGUAAAGUUCUUGGCUCUGUCUUUUUCUGGCGGCUGUACUGGGGACAUUGUGGUCAAUCCUGGGUACUGCACCAGACUGGAGAAGUUAAGACCACGGGCUUCUCUAAGAGGAAAAAUAGCUAAGACAUGAGCGAUUCC